AUGCCGCCGCGAUACGUCUUUCUCCCCGUCUUCGCCGCCACCGACUCUCUCGCUAUGGGUUCGGAUGGGCGCGCGGGACACGGGCUUGUUGGAUACGGCAUCAAGAUGCAUGACCCUCCCUGUGCGUUCGCCUGCCGCGAUGCCAUCUCCACAGCGACGCUCAGCUAUUCCACCGUCGGUUCCGACGAAAUGGGCGGCAUGUCAGGGAUGAGCGGCAUGGUCAUGACGGACGGCGAGUGCUACGCUACAGAUGACGCGUUCUUGGAAACUCUCACCUGGUGCGUGGCGGCCAGAUGUGAAGGAAUCCCGGAAUGGAGACUUGAAAAGUACUGGAAAAACAACGUUGCCGGGGCCGCCGCCGUCCAGCCGGACCCGAAGGUGACGUAUCAACAGGCACUGGCCAAGGUCAUCGGCACUCCGGCCGCGGUAUAUGCGGCCACCGGGCCACUGAAUGAGACAAGCAUGGUAUCCCAUGAUCUUUGGUACGCGGCUUACAAUACCGAUGUUAUAUUCGAGGGCCAGGAGAGCAUGCAAGCCAAGUACGGCCUCAUCAUCCUUUUAUCCGGCGUUGUGAUACCAUUCUUCUUCUCCCUCCUGCGCUUCGUACCGUUUCCGUCAAUGUGGUGUUCCAGGUUCAACGCCUGGAUAAUCGACCCUCCGCUAUUUGGCAGUCAUCAUGACACGCCCGUCUUCUUCGGCCUUGUAGUGAUGCCCAAGCGGGGACAGGCUCUCUUCAUCUUUUACUUCAUUGUGAUCAACACGGUUCUCUCUGCCGUCAACUACGAAUACGCUGACCACAGCAUGUGGUUUCCCAACAACCGCUGGCGUUGGAUGUGCAUGCUGGUAUCCAACCGCCUCGGACUGCUCAGCUUUGCCAACCUACCACUGAUGUUUCUGUAUGCGGGACGAAACAAUCUUCUGCUCUGGGCCACCGACUGGUCGCAUUCGACUUUCCUUCUGCUCCAUCGAUGGAUCGCUGCGAUAGCGACUCUGCAAGCCAUCUUACACAGUAUCAUCUAUCUGGACGUUUACGUCAAGAACGGAACGCACUCUUCCGAGUCGAAAGAGCCGUACUGGUACUGGGGUGUGGUUGCCACUGUCGGCCUAGCUGUUUUGUUUCCUACGUCCGCUAUACCCAACCGAAGAAAGGCCUACGAGCAUUUCUUGGCUUGGCACGUUGUCAUCGCCAUCAUGGUUGUCGCGGGUUGUUGCUGGCACAUUGUCUUCGCAUUCAGCCACAAAUGGGGUUACGAGGUCUGGAUCUUUGUCUGCAUGGCCGGUGGGGUUUCGACUGUGUCUCUCGAGUCGCACGGCGUCAAGACGGCCUUCAUCACAGUCAUCGACGAGGAGUACUGCCGGGUCACGAUCCCCGGGGUCUUCGCUUCAGGCGUCGCAUACGCAUAUUUCCCCGCGCUUACCUGGCGCGUGUGGGAGAACCACCCGUUUUCUGUGGCCUCCGCCAUCCUACCUUCGAAGCGUCAACAUGUGGAACAUGCCACGAAAAGCAGUGACGAUGUCGAGAAGCGUCUCACAGCCGUUACCCCAGCCGACUGCACCUCUCUUCCCGACGAGCGUCAUAGUAGCACCUCCCAGUCAGCGAGAGAACCUCCCCAGCUUGGAAUCACCUUCUACAUUCGCACGCAGUCCGGUAUGACCUCGCUCCUUCGUCAUCGUGAUUCAGUCCCCGUUCUCCUUGAGGUGGGGUACCCAUCACAUUCACCGCUCUCCGAAUUACCGCACAACUCACCUGCCCUCAUUGCGCUUGCCGGCGGUGUCGGCAUCACCGCUAUUCUGCCACACUUACGCAGCCAUCCGGGCCGCGUGAAGCUCUAUCGGGGUUGUCGAAAUCGGGCUCUUGUCGAUGACGUGGAAAACACAGGCGUACUCUCUGGCAUCGAGAUCGAGCUGUUCAUCGGUAAGCGGAUGGCCGUCAGAGAGGUGUUGAAAACGAGCUUGUCGGAGGCCAGGGGGAGGUCUGCGUGCUGGUUUCUGGGCCCGGCAGUGUAA